AUAAAGCUUAUCAUUACUGGUGCAAGCGGCUUCGUAGGAACGGAGUUGCUUAAACAGAGUCUUCGUAUCCCUACAAUAAAGACAGUCAUUGCUCUUACUCGAAAACCGCUGGUCAUACAAGCAGAAUCUCGUUCCGAUGCCGAUCACUCAAAGCUGAGAAAUAUCGUUGUUGAAGGUUACGACCAGUACUCUGUCGAAACUAAAGCAGAGUUCGCCACUGCUAAUACAUAUAUCUAUUUGCGAGCAAUGCUAGAAGCCCGUAGCUCUUUAACGGCUAAGACUAAAAACCUUACACCGUUCCGUUUCAUAUACAUAAGUAGUACCAAAACAGAGAGAGACCAGUCCAAAACUCCGAGUUUCAAGCCUGAGUACUCACUUUUGCGGAUGGCUAUUGCGUGUGCAUUAUGGUGGACUGUGUCACUACCAAGUAUUAGGGUUAGCGAAAUCUCGGCUGCCAUGCUAAAGCAGUCCUUAUCUAGCUUUAAGAAGGACACACUUAAAAAUCACGAUCUUCUUCGUUUAGGAGAAAGUGAACUAUAA